AUGCCCCGCAGACUGGCAAACCCCUUUUCCGCCUCUUCCGCCAUGCCCCAGUCCGAAAGGACGGCCGAGAGACGUCCCUCCACUUCGAAAGGCAACCGCCUCGCCCACUUCUUCUCGAGCCCCAAGUCCAAGGAGCACAUGACGGCUCAGCAGGCGCUCUUGGCCAUGGCGCAGCAGCAGCAGCAGCAGCAGCAGCAGCAGCAACAGCAAUUGCUCCUCCUCGGCUCGGGAACCUCGGCCACCUCCCCGUCGCCCGUUUCCCUGCCCACCAUCUCCCUCUCGACGGCCGUCGCCGGCGACCACAACGUCGAGCCGGCCACGACGACGCUGUUCAAGCCUCAGUCGGCCGCCGAGAUGGACCGUCGGAGGCGAGUCGACGCUCAGUUCGGCCCCCUCGUGCACCCGAGCCACCUCUACGUCAGCAAGUCGCACGGCGAACCCCUCGAGGCGCCCGUCGAGGACGAGCCGCCCUACUACUACAUCUUCACCACCUACAUCAGCUACCUCAUCCUCAUCCUGCUCGGUCACAUCCGCGACUUCUUCGGCAAGCGAUUCGGCGACAAAAAGGUCUACAACUCGCUCAAGGUCCAGAAUGGAUACGCUCCCCUCAACGAUGACUUUGACAGCUUCUACACGAGGAGGUUGAAGAUGAGGCUGGACGAUUGCUUCGCCCGCACCACCAUCGGCGUUCCCGGCCGCUUCAUCACCCUGCUCGACCGCCGGUCCGACGACUUCAACCGAACCUACCAGUACACGGGGACCCACACCGAGACGCUCAACAUGAGCUCGUACAAUUACCUCGGCUUCGCCCAGUCCGAAGGCCCCUGCGCCGACGCCGUCGAGGAGUGCCUGAGGCGGUACGGCGUGAGCGUCUGCAGCCCGAGGGCCGACGUCGGCACCACCGACCUCGCCCUCGAGGUCGAACGCGAAGUCGCCGACUUUGUCGGCAAGCCCGAGGCCCUCGUCUUCUCCAUGGGCUACGUCACCAACGCCGCCUCCUUCCCCGCCCUCGUCUCCAAAGGCUGCCUCAUCAUCUCCGACGAGCUGAACCACGCGUCCAUCCGGAUCGGCGCUCGCCUCUCCGGCGCCGUCAUCUCGUCCUUCAAGCACAACGACAUGCGCGACCUCGAGCGGGUCCUCCGCGAGGCCAUCUCCCAGGGCCAGCCGCGGACUCAUCGUCCUUGGAAGAAGAUAUUGGUCGUCGUCGAGGGCCUGUACUCGAUGGAAGGCACCAUGUGCGACCUGCCCGGCAUCCUCGCGCUCAAGAAAAAGUACAAGUUCUACCUCUUUGUCGACGAGGCCCACUCCAUCGGCGCCCUCGGCCCCCGCGGACGCGGCGUUUGCGACUACUUCGGCAUCGAUCCCGCCGAGGUGGACAUUCUCAUGGGCACCCUGACCAAGUCCUUUGGCGCCAACGGGGGCUACGUCGCCGCCGAGAAGCACAUCAUCGACAAGCUGCGCGCCACCAACGCGGCCACGCAGUACGGCGAAGCCCCGACGCCGAGCGUUCUCAUGCAGAUCCUGGCCUCGCUGAAGCUCAUCACCGGCGAGCUCUGCCCCGGCCAAGGCGAGGAGCGUCUGCAGCGCAUCGCCUUCAACUCCCGCUACCUUCGCCUCGGCCUCAAGCGUCUCGGCGUCAUCGUCUACGGCCACGACGACUCGCCCAUCAUCCCCGUCAUGCUCUACCACCCCGGGAAGAUGCCGGCCUUUAGCCACGAGAUGCUGAAGCGCAAGAUUUCCGUCGUCGUCGUCGGCUAUCCCGCCACGCCCCUCAUCAGCUCUCGCGCCCGAUUCUGCGUCUCGGCCGCGCACAACAAGGACGACCUGGACCGGCUGCUGGCCGCGUGCGACGAGGUCGCCGACAUCCUGCAGCUCAGGUUCUCGACCGGCGUCGCCGGCGGUCUCGAGCCGCUUCCCGACGGCGUCGCGCCCGAGGAGGAGCGUGAGUGGAGGAGGACGAACGGGAUCCCCGUCAAGCCGCCGCGAUGGGCCUUGGACGACGUCAUCCGCCGAGGCGUCGCCGACGCCAAGCAACCUCUCCGGUGA